AUGCCUCACUUAUCUUCCCGUGGGGGCGGACUCCUCCAUUAUGUCUUGGAUGACGCCGAACCGGCGGCUGCCAGAUAUCCUGUAUCUCCCACAUCCCCCAGCCAAAAGGAGCCUCUGACGUCCAGCUGGAACAUACCUAUAGUCGUAACUGGAAGAGAAUUGAAACUUCCAUCUAGAACCAUGGAAGUACGGAGCCUUGUCAGGUCGCCUCUUGCAUUGGGUCUCACCAAGCAAAGAGCAGGCGUCCUUGACGCAUUUCUGGAGCUCUGCCACAGCCGGGGAUCCCUUGAACACCCGGUAGGCCUCUCAAACGAAGACGUCCGGGACGAUCUGAAUGAUGAAAAAACGACCCUUUGCUAUGAUGAACAUCACUGGCAAAUAUGCAGAAAGUUCCUCCGCGGACGUCCCUUCAACCCAGAUAGAGCCCCUACGCAGUUCGACGAAGCGCAAGAAAUACGCUCGAAACAAGCAGCAUACGACACUAUCGGCAUCACCGACUUUGAGAAUACCAAGGACAUGCCACCACGAAGAGCUACGGCAAGGACCGGACAACUCCCGACGCGACGCGACGGAUACGAGACCACCACCCCCGAGAACUACAUCGUACCCCUGACAAGCGCGGUUUAUCUCGUUGAUAUUGCCAGCUUUGCGUUCAAACAGACAUGGGACACAUCAAACGACAAUUAUUACGAGCAUCAACGGGACCGAUGUACCUCCCUGAUUCACCCCCAAGGCCUACGAGUGAGGAGGCUCAAAGGGGAGCCCAAUUGCUUGGGCAUGAAACCGGCGUAGUAUCAAGCCCGAGAUAUCAG